AAUGGCCCAGAAGGUGCGUGGACCCAUGGAGGUGUGCGUGGCGCACGUAGCAAAGCGGCGAAUGUUGCUGGGGACUUUCCAGAGAGCAGGGGAUAUUAGGUGAAAGUAGAGAGGUUAGCCAAAAGGAACCGACUAGCUUGUGCUAGUAAGUGGUGGCCUGGGGAAGGAAAGGCUCGCUGAGUUCCCACCGAACGUGCAUCAGCACCGCCCACCUCAUGCAUGUUUAAGCAGUUCAGAGAUGAUUGUUUUGAGGUCUUUAGUCUCAGCGGUGCUUGCUGUGUUGGGGGGAGCUGGUGGCUGGAGCAGGCGGUGAGGUGCCAUACGAACCUAUCUGGUUUGCUUUUUCCAUCAACGCCAACGUUUCUAGCAGGGCUUUGAAGCCCCGCCGCCGGUCCUACCACCGCAGCGAUGGGAGCGAACGCCCCAGGUGUCCCUUGCAGCGCUUCCUGCAUCCAGUUCCCCCUCCCGCCCUGCUCGUGGUCUCUCUGGCCCGCAGCAUCACCCUCAGCCAGCUCGGCACAUCCUUGCCCUGAGGAAGUCAGCCCAGGCCCCUCCCUCCCGCCCGCCCGCCCGGGCUGCAGCCCCUUCGCCUCUCUGCUCGGCUCCCGCUGUGCGCCAGGAGAGGCACCUCGCGGCUCCCCAUCCCUCCCGUCGGCCCGGCAUCCAUGGAAGCCCCCAGCGCCGUGCACGUGCCCACCUACAAGUGGUGGUCCAUCUUCAACAUCCUCUGCUGCUGCCUGCCCCUGGGGCUGAUCGCCCUCUACUACUCGGGACAGGUGGAGGGACGCCUGCGGCACCAGGACAUCGAUGGAGCGCGUGCUGCCUCUCACACCGCGAAAAUCCUCAACUGCCUGGCGCUGCUGCUGGGGCUGGUGGCCAUCGGCGUGAUGAUCUACUGCAUCAGCCAGCAGCAGGUGCUCCUCAGCAGGGUCUGAGCGGAGCCCGCCGUGAUGGCCGUCCGGGAAAAGCUUCGGCUGAGCCCAGAGUCCCAGGGCAGCGGUGCAGGACUCUGUGUAUGUGAAGUCCGUCUUGAAAUGCUACUUGGUUUGGCUGCUUUCCCUUUCCUAAAUUUAUUGGUAGUUAGCAAGAGCUUUGCCGGCAAAAGGACCUAGAUGCUCUCGCACCAGCGUUGCAGGGCCGUGGAUUUAGGUGGAGUCCCCAGUCGGGCACCGCUCUUUGCCAGGCGCUCUGCCUUGCCUGGACAAGAUGCGUUCGUAAGCCCUCAGGUUCGGGGAAAUCUUCUGUGGGGUGGGGGAGUUGCAAACUGGGACAGUGUGGAAUCAAACCGCUGUUUGUGCUUGCCUAUAUAUAUAUGUAUUUUUUUCUUUUCUGUGAUAGCUCAACGCUGCAAGCUGCUGCUUAGCUCUGUGUGUACGCUCAGCACAAGGCCAGACAAGUUACACUUAGGUUGUUGCAUGGGACGUUGCUCUCCCCGCUGGUUUUUGCGUCGUCCUAAAUAAACGGCUUGUUCGUAACAA